GGCCGAGGGCGGCAGAUUCGGCACGGCCGGGGAACGGCGGGAAAAUCCCGGGGAAAUCCCGGGAAAAUCCCGGGAAAAUCCCGGGAAAACCGGGAAAAGCCGUUCCAUGGCCGAUCCCAUCCCGGUUCCCGUGGGAAUUCUGCGCCUCCCGCGGGGCCCCGACAGCUCCGGCGGCCGCGGCUUCUCCCGGGAUUCCCGGGACAAUUCCCGGGAUCAUUCCCAGGACAAUUCCCGGGACAAUUCCCGGGACAAUUCCCGGGACAAUUCCCGGGAUAAUUCCCGGGAUUCCGCCGCUCUGCAGCGCGCCCGGGCCGCGCUCCGGGAGCGAUUCCUGCGGCUCCUGGGAUCCGCCCGGGGCCGCCGGACGCGCUUUUCCCUCUGGAGCGGGAUCCUGCUGCACGCCGAGUUCGGGGCCGCCGAUCUGGAAUCCGGAGCCUUCCAGGUGGAUUCUCUGCAGACCCCGCUGGGGAUCCAGGGCUCGGCUCUGCUGCGCUCCGGGGACGUCCUGGAAUUCUCCUUCCCUCUGGAAUGAGCCCCUGGAAUUCCCUGGAAUCAGCCCCUGGAAUUCCCUGGAAUCAGCCCCUGGAAUUCUCUGCAAUCAGCCCCUGGAAUUCCCUGGAAUUCCCUGGAAUCAGCCCCUGGAAUUCUCCCUCCCUCUGGAAUCAGCCCCCGAGGGAAU